AUGGACGGGUUCCUGUCCACGUUUCCACCCUUCAAUGUGUACGGUAACCCGGUGUGCGCUCCGCCGGCUCCGGGCAGCGGCUGGGCCAAGAGGGACUUCAUGACCCCGCAGGGCCUGAACUACCUGGAGCUCUGCAAGGCCAUCCUGUCCCAGGUGAACCCCAGCCUACAGCCUCCUCUCAAGAAAGCCAACACCAAGGAGUGCGGCGUGCAGGUGAACGCGAAGGUGGAUAAAAUCGUCCAGUGUUCUCUGGGUCCCAAGACGCUGUUCUGCGACGACCAUCCCCCCUUCUCCUCCUCCUUCUCCUCCUCUUCCUCCUCCAAGCCUCCCAGGAGCCCGGAGCUAUGCGCACCGCCGGACGGCAAGGCGCAGCUCAGCACCCCGCCGGUGAGCAACCUGCGCUUCCUCAGACCCGUGUCCAUCUACUCGCCGGUGUUCGACCGCCGGAUCUCCAUGAAGAAACUCGGCGAUGAUUAUGGAAGCGAAGGAGAAGCCGAAGAAGCCACGAAACACUCCGAGUCCGAUGCUGAGACUGAGGCAAGCGAGAAGGAGGAGGAGGACGAGGAGAAGGACUUAAAGACAACUCCGCAACGAUCUACAAGGGGCUCCAACUUUCAGUUCCUGGAGCAGAGGUAUGGCUUUUUCCACUGUAAAAAGUGUAACAUCCGGUGGGAGAGUGCUUAUGUAUGGUGCAUCUCUGGAACCAGUAAGGUGUACUACAAGCAGCUCUGCCGGAAGUGUCAGGUGGGAUUUAACCCGUACAGGGUGGAGUCCAUCCUCUGCAAGGGCUGCUCUCAGACUUGCUGCAGCUGUGAGAGGAAGCAGCGGCACAUCAACAUGAAGAGGCCUCACCGUCAGGAUCUGUGCUGUCGCUGCAAAGGAAUGAGGCUGUCCUGCGAUGCCACCUACAGCUUCAAAUACAUCGUCUGAGCCGCCGAGCACAUCCGUCACCAUACAUAUCUGCUUGCAGGUUUGAGAUCAUGUCACUAAUGUCAACAAACAUCUAGUACACGUCGCCAAUGGAAGCUGCCUCCAGCAACACACUUGAAAAGAGAGACGCUUAUUCUCCUGCAAGAAGCCGAAUCUCUGCCUUGGUUGUUUAUGUGAGAUGCCCUCCCCCUAUUCAUCCUGGUGCUUAACAAAACAUGAAAGCUAUUUUUGUAAAAACAAAAAAAGAAAUAAAGU